AUGCUCCUAAGUUUAUCAAAACUCCAAAGAAAGAGUAUACUGUUUACCAGGGUGACACGAUCAAACUGAGAUGCUCGGUUACUGGGACCGAGGAUCCGGUGCAUAACCGAACUCUUACUGCGUGGCAAAAACUCGGAGGGAAAGGAAAUGGCGUCGUUCGAAAGUCAAGAGCGUGGAGACGAUUCAGAGUAAAGAAUGGGAGAUACCUUAGAAUAAAAAAUGUUAAGUUAAAAGAUAGUGGGACAUACCUGUGUAUGGCAAGGAACCCGCAUGGAGCCGUUACAGCUGUAAUAAAGCUGACUGUUAAAGUUUCAGACGUUCCGGCAACUAACAGCACCCUAAGUGAUGUCACUACCUUGAGAAAACCGACAACUGCUGUCAGAAGGGCUCCAACGUUUCGAAACGACGAGAAGAUCAAAGCCUUCAAGAUAACGACCGGGAAAAAAAUCAAACUUCGAUGUCAAGCCAGAGGUGUUCCAUCCCCCGACGUUCAAUGGCUCAAAAACAACAAAAAACUCGAUCGAUUUACUGGAAAAUAUCGAAGACGGAUUACUAAAUGGACAUUAAGUUUCUCCAGGGUGACCCCCUCUGAUAGUGGGAUAUACCAGUGCUUGGUAUGGAAUCAAUAUGGAAAUAUUACCAAAACUUUUAUCGUACAAGUAAAAGGUCGCGAUGAUGGUAAGUCAUUCUCGCCUGCUCCGGUGCAACGCAAGCCUGUUAUCCAGAAGCACCUGCUAAACAACGCCACAGUAACUGCCGGAGAACUUGUCACCUUUACCUGCAGAGCACUGAGUAGUUUAGUACCAAGAUUUACGUGGCUUAAAUGGACUACUAUAAAUAGCACAAGUAAUGAAACGGUUAAAAUCACAGUGUUGAAUUCUUCAUACCCAAACGUCAGGUUUAUCCGCGAGUCGAGCCGUUGGUCUGACGACAAGAUUUUGUAUUGUCAUAAACUUAAGAUCCUGAAUGUCACCGAGAGUGAUCAGGGCAGAUACACCUGUGUUGUUGGUUCUAUUGCUGGUUUUGUAUCUUCUGACGUUUAUUUAACAGUCAAGUCAAAAAGGACAAACAAUAACAAGGAAGAAAAGCCAAAAACUUCAUCGUCUAGCUCACAAAUCACCAUGGGUGAAAUUCAAAUACCUAUAGCUGCUUUGAUAGCUGUCCCUGUUGCCUUCGGUGUUAUCCUGAUAGUCACUAUCAUUUGGUGUUAUAUUCAAACCGUAAGGCAUCGAGAUAAGUUCAAAAUGAAUUCUCAACCUAUGACUUUUCCCAUGACUAAUGGAGCAGCUACUCACACUAAUUCUAAUGGAAUGUAUGAAGAAAUGCCUAGAACUAUAAAUAAUGGUGUCGUCAUGGGAAUGACAGUCAACAGGAAUGUCUAUGAUGGUAGAGAUGAUGCAAGGGUUUAUCAAGAGAUAGGCAAUAUUCCACCUGAAAAUGCAAAUGACUUAUACUAUCAGACUGACCUUCAAGAUCCUUCUAAUGGAGAGACCUCACAUGAUAGGGAUGAAGACAACAACCAUAUCAUUAGUUCACUUGACUAUUCUUUAGAACUUGAAGAACCAGUAGAUUCUGGGAAAGAGAUCCAGAUAGAAUCAAAUGAUUAUUUAGAACAGAGCAACCUAGAGCUACCACAUUAUCAGGAUCAUCCUGAAGAUACAACAAAUGAAGACUGCAAUACAAUCAAUGAGAUUGAUGAAUUACAAGACUGCAAAGAAAAAGGUUCGUCUGACAAAAUCAACUUUAUCAAAAAUUCUGUUGUAUAGAACUAUUCGUAGUGAAGUGUUGAUUGCAGUGUAUGGCAGACCUCUGGAAAGGGUCCGGACAGCAAGGACAUCUACAAAUAUAGUAUAAUUGCAAUAUGUGUUUGUUUUAAAAGUGCUGUGCAACUUGAAUAUUUUUUGUGCCCC